GAUCGGAAGGUAUGUGAAUCGACGCAGAAUUUACGAUCGAGACCGUUUCAGUCAGCGGCAGACAGCGUGAUGGCACUUAGAAGAGCUCUACAUUUCGUUUUUAAAGUAGGAGACAGAACCAAAACAGCGAGUUUCUACAGAGAUGUGUUAGGGAUGAAGAUUCUGCGACAUGAAGAAUUUGAGGAGGGCUGCAAGGCAACAUGUAAUGGUCCAUAUGAUGGAAAGUGGAGUAAAACCAUGGUGGGCUUUGGGCCAGAAGACAACCACUUUGUUGCAGAGUUGACCUAUAAUUACGGACUGGGUGAAUACCGCCUUGGAAAUGACUUUCUGGGUUUCACUCUGCAGUCUAGUCAGGCUGUGAGUAAUGCUAGGAGGUUAGGUUGGCCUCUUACUCAAGUUGAAGAUUCUCUGUACAUGACCGAAGCCCCAGGAGGAUACCGCUUCUACCUUAUAGAUAAAGAUCAGCCUGACAGUGAUCCUAUCCAGAAAGUUUCCUUGGCAGUGUCUGAUUUGCAGCGUUCUGUUCAUUAUUGGUCCUCCCUGCUGGGAAUGAAAGUUAUUGAGAAAAAUGAGGACAAAAAGACUGUCUUGAUGGGAUUCUCAGAUAAUCAGUGUAAGCUGGAGCUACAGGACAUUGGAGGCACUGUGGAUCGUGGAACUGCUUUUGGUAGGGUCGCAUUUGCUUGCCCUAGAGAUCAGUUACCAGAUAUUGAGGCCUCUGUGAAAAAAGAAAACCACAAAAUCCUAACCCCACUCGUGAGUCUAGACACACCUGGAAAGGCCACAGUGGAAGUUGUCAUCCUUGCAGAUCCUGAUGGUCAUGAGAUAUGCUUCGUGGGUGAUGAGGCAUUCAGGCAACUCUCUGCCAUGGACCCAAAUGGAAAUGAAUUACUAGAUAAGGCCAUCGCUCUAGAUAAGAGUGAUGAGUGGUUUGCCAAACACAACAAGCAGAAAGCUUUAGUAUAAAGUCUUUCAGAGUAACAGCCAUACAGUGAUUGAGACUGCGUAAGAAGAACCUCUACCCAGUGAACCAGAUGUUGUCUUUUUGUCAUUAUGCAUUAAAUUGUUUUUCUAAUGAUAAUCAAAAAUCUUUUGGAGUAAUUACAAUCUACCAAGCUACAAAAACGGUAACUUGGAUGCUUUCAUAAUCCCAUAACAUGAAUCUUAAAAAUGUCUAUGUGGGGUAUUAUCAUUUUGUAUUAAUGUGCAUUAUUAAUUUGUAAUUUUGGUUACAAGUCAUUUUUCUCACUGUGAUGUAAAUAGUUUUGUUGAAAAAUCAUAAGAAUACUAAUAAUAAUUGUAAUUAUUAUUAUUGAAAUGUUUUAAAUAUUCACAUAAGCAUUGACUAUUUAAAUAAACAAAGAUGCGUAUGUAUUUUCCACAGAAA